UACUACACCCAAUAUGUCUGCGCCCAUGGAGUAAUUUCUGUGUUGUCUACAAAACUGCAAGAUUUGUUGCUAAUUUUUAAAAUGUAAUAAAUUUGCAACACAAAUCAACCAGAUAUGAGGUUUCUGAUUGUUUUGAAGGGGAUGUCACCGAGAUUCUCAGAAUCUUGUCGCCGAUAUUUCUUUAGUGGUAAAAAGUCCGGGUCAAAGAAAAGCAAGAAAUACAGUAGUACACUGAACUUACCGCAGACACAGUUUCCCAUUUCUAUGCGAGAUUCCUCAUUGCGUGAAAAAGAUAUUCAAAAUAUAUGUGGGUUUCAAGACUUGUAUAAAUGGCAGAGGGAGAAUAACACAGGAGAAGAAUUUAUAUUACAUGAUGGUCCCCCAUAUGCCAAUGGAAAGACUCAUGUUGGCCAUGCUAUAAAUAAGAUAUUAAAGGAUAUUGUGUGCCGUUACCAUGUACUGAGAGGGAGUCGUGUCCACUAUGUACCUGGUUGGGACUGCCAUGGACUUCCUAUUGAACUGAAGGCAAUGAAGAAUAAAGGACAUCUCAAACUUACUCCACUUCAGAUCAGAGAUCUAGCAAGGCAGUUUGCAGAUGGAGCUGUUAGGUCUCAGAUGGAAAGUUUCAAGCGCUGGGGUGUGAUGGGAGAUUGGGAUAACCCCUAUUACACAUACAAUCCGCAGUAUGAGGCUAAACAGCUAGAAGUCUUUCUUCACAUGUAUGAAAAGGGCUACAUCUACCAAGAUGUGAUGCCGGUAUAUUGGUCUCCUUCAUCAAGAACAGCUUUAGCAGAAUCAGAGUUGGAGUAUAAGGCAGACCAUGUGAGCACCUCAAUCUUUGUUAAAUUCCCAAUUACAAAGAAAUCUAGUCAUUUACAGAAUUUAGUAGAAAAUACACAUACAUUACAUGCUGUGAUAUGGACAACUACACCCUGGACCAUACCUGCCAAUCAAGCUGUAUGUUAUGGUGAGGAUAUCAACUAUUUUCUGAUGGAAGAUGAAAUGUCUAGAGAUGUAUAUAUGUGUGAAGAGAGUUUUACAGAAAAACUGACCAACAUUGUUGGAAAGCCAUUGAUAUGUAUUGGCACAAUUUUAGGAACAAACCUCAAAGGUAUAAAAUACAGGCAUCCCUUGACCAAUGAGGAGCUUCCAUUUCUCCCAGGAAGUCAUGUGACAUCAGAUAAAGGCACUGGAUUAGUUCAUACUGCUCCAGCACAUGGCCAUGAUGACUUUCAACUAGCCAAAAAACUUGGAAUACAAAUAAGAAAUGUACUAGAUGACGACUGUCGUUACACUGGGGAUAUAGGACCACAGUUACAUGGAAAGGCAGUUGGUCAUGAUGCUGAGCAGGCAGUGCUAGAUUUACUGGGAACAAGUGUGAUACAUAAAGAAGAUUUUGUUCAUAGUUACCCCUAUGACUGGCGGACUAAAAAGCCGGUGAUUAUACGUACCAGUAGACAGUGGUUUAUAGAUACACAAGCUUUAAAGUCUAGAGCUCUGGAAUGUUUGGAUGAAGUAACAGUGUAUCCCAACAACCUACAGCAUGGUAUGGAACAACAGCUGGACUCAAGAACAUACUGGUGUAUCUCUAGACAGAGGGUGUGGGGACUUCCAAUACCAGUCUUCUAUCACAAACAGACUGAGAAACCUCUUAUUAACAGAGUGACAGUGGAGCACAUUAAAGAGCUGGUAGGUAAACAUGGGUCAGACUGUUGGUGGUCGUUGUCAGAUGAGGAACUACUUCCUUCACAACUACUGCAACAAAAUGGACUUGGAUCAAGUAGUGAAGACUAUACAAGAGGACAAGAUAUUUUAGAUAUCUGGUUUGACAGUGGCUCCUCCUGGGCAGCAGUUUUAGAACCAGACAAGCAAGCAGAUGUGUAUAUGGAAGGAACUGAUCAGUUCAGAGGUUGGUUUCAGUCCUCACUUCUCACAUCAGUGGCUGUACAAGAUAAAGCUCCCUACAAGAGUUUGGUAGUUCAUGGAUUUACUAUGGAUGAAGAUGGUAGAAAGAUGUCAAAGUCUGUUGGUAAUGUGGUAGAUCCAGAUGUUGUUAUCCAUGGAGGCAAGAACAAAGAGAAAGAGCCAGCUUAUGGAGCUGAUGUAUUGAGAUGGUGGGCAGCUGUUUCUAACUUACAGACACACUCAACUAUUGGGAAAGCUAAACUUGAUCAAAUGUUAGGAGAUCUCUAUGAGUUGAGAAAGAUGUUAAGGUUCCUUCUAGGAAACAUCAGCACAGGAAUUCUUCAGGAACAUGUAGACUACAACUUACUGUGGCCCCAAGACAAGUACAUGUUGUAUCAGCUCUACCAUCUCGGCAGUAAGGUAGCAGAAUUUUAUGAAAAUUAUGACUAUGUGAAGCUGCUGCGAACAGUAGACAAGUUCUGUAAAGAUGAUGUUUCCAAGUUUUAUUCAGUAAUGGUGAAAGACAGGUGUUAUUGUGGUGAGAAGGAGAGUUUACCUCGUCAGGCCAGUUUGACAACCCAGUACUAUAUCCUAGAUGUUCUAAUGAGAUCACUUGCACCAAUUUUACCUCAUCUUGCCGAAGAUCUGUAUUACCAUUAUCCUCCUAGUAGACGGAAAAAAGAUGUGGACAGUAUAUUCAAAACUGGUUGGUUUAGUCUUCCGGAGGAGUGGAAUAACAUAAAUAUAGUACAUACUUUCGAGCCAGUUAUUGAUAUCAAAGAACACCUGCAAGAUAUUAUCCAGUCGGAACCUUCCAUUGAGUUUGAUGUCAUGAUAUAUACAAGCAGUCUUCUGUAUAACAAAUUACAAGAGCUACAGAGUGAACAUACAUCGAGUGAAUCAGCUCUCUGUGAGAUACUACAGACUGCCAGCACUACACUGACAGAUGAGGCCCUUACUGUGAUACCAGACGAAGUUCAGGCAGUUAGUGGCAUCUGUAAUGUCCAUAUGAAAGAUGGGUUCAAACAUCCAGAGAAGUAUGUUAUCAUCUUGAAGGAUACAGAUCGUUUCAUCUGUGAACGAUGCAGAAGGUUUACAUCCGAGUCGGCAAAAUCACCGUGUCCAAGGUGCUUGGAUGUUUUAGCUACUGGAUGGGAAAACUAACAAAAUUAAGACCGGGGGUCAAGAGUCCAGUGUUAAAAGAUAUUCAGAAUUGUAAAAUAUUGGUGAAUUUGAAUAAGGCACCAAAGCCUUAUAGUAAGAAAUAUUAAGAAAAUGCAUCAGUAGGAGGGAGCAGACAUUUUGUGGAACACUCAAGUGUUGUGGACGAGUCAGUUUUGUUGGUGUAUGGGAACAAGUUGAGGGAAGUUGAGAGAAGUGGGAUUAAUUAUUCGUAGAGUUGUUCUGUGUCUAUGUUAAUAAUGCUUGUGCUGUUUUCAAUGUGUGUUGCUUUAGUUAUUUCAGCUGUUAUCUGAAGCCCCGCUGUCAGAUUGUUAAUUGUUGUCGAGUUGUUACAAAGUAUAAAAUAUGUAAAGUCUAUAUAUUCGGAAUGUACAUACUAGGGUACCUUCCUCCUGGUAAGUUGUAAAAAUUAGGUAGGUAUCAUUCAUGGAAGUUCAUGCCCCAUCUAAAUUGAGAGCAGUGCUGCUUUUUAUAUCAUUUAAUGAUUUAAAACAGCAUGAAUGUUACAAAGGUGCAUAUUGCUAAGAACGCUUCUUUUGGCUUUAUACAAGUUUCAUAUUUUGUUAUGGACUAUUUACAGUAUCAGUAUUGGUCUAAGAUAUAAAACUAUGCAAUAACAAGUAAAUAAAAUUGUGUUUUGUAGAGCCAUGGUUUUAGUGCAUGUAUCAGAUCACCGCAUUUUUCAUGAGGGCAUCAUUACCAGUAUGUUUUAUUAGCACACCUGUCACAUAGUGACAAGGUGAGCUUUUGUGAUCGCCCUUCGUCCGGUCAGUCCGUCUCGUGCGUCAACAAUUUCUUGUCUGCACGAUAGUGGUUUCAUUUAUGAUUUUAUUUUAACCAAACUUGCACACAACUUGUAUCACCAUAAGAUCUCCGUUCCUUUCUUGAACUGGCCAGAUCCCAUUACAGGUUCCAGAGUUAUGGCCCCUGAAAGGGCCAAAAUUAGCUAUUUUGACCUUGUCAGCACAAUAGCAGCUUUAUUUAUAAUUUGAUUUUUACCAAACUGGCACACAACUUGUAUCACCAUAAGAUCUCGGUUCCUUUCUUGAACUGGUCAGAUUCCAUUAUGGGUUCCAGAGUUAUGGCCCCUGAAAGGGCCAGAAUUAGCUACUUUGUCCUUGUCUGCACAAUAGCAGCUUCAUUUAUGAUUUUAUUUUAACCAAACUUGCACACAACUUGUAUCACCAUAUGAUCUUGGUUCCUUUCUUGAACUGGCCAGAUUCCUUUAUGGGUUCCAGAGUGAUGGCCCCUGAAAGGGCCAGAAUUAGCUAUUUUGACCUUGUCUGCACAAUAGCAGCUUCAUUUAUGAUUUGAAUUUAAUCAAACUUGCACAAAACUUGUGUCACCACAAGAUCUCGGAUCCUUUCUUGAACCGGCCAGAUCCCAUAAUGGAUUCCAGAGUUACGGCCGCUGAAAGGGCCAAAAUUAGCUAUUUUGACAUUGUCUGCACAAUAGCAGCUUCAUUUAUGAUUUGAUUUUAACCAAACUUGCACAAAACUUGUAUCACCACAAGAUCUUGGUUCCUUUUUUGAACUGGCCAGAUUCCUCGAUGGGUUCCAGAGUUAUGGCCCCUUAAAGGUCCAAAAUUGGCUAUUUUGGCUUUUGCAGCCAUAUAGAGACUUCAUUUAUGGUUUUAUUUGAUACAAACUUCCAAAAUAUCUUCAACAACAAUAAAUCUUGGAUUCCAUGACAAAUCAGAUCCAUUCGUAGGUUCCAGAGUUAUUUUAUAUCUGAUUACCUCCCCUGAUUGUAAUCAAAAUGGAUUUAUAUCAGUAAGUACUUAAAGGACUUAUUUGAAAUUUCAUUAUUGUCAUUAGUUGGACUGAGCCAAUGAGGGUAGAUAACUAUGGACUGAUUUUAUGUCAAAUUACCUCCCUUUAUUUCAAAUUAAAAUGGGUAUAUCUCCGUAACUAAUGAAGAUACUGAUCUGAAAUUUCAUUUAUGUCAACAGAUUUAUUUGGCAGAUCCUUCUUUUGUUAACUUACAAUCAUUUUUUUUUUUUUUAAUUACUUCCCUUUUACGUUACUAUAAUGGCUUGUUUUUAGUAACUUUUUUAUUAUUGGCCGUAGGGAAAAACCGAGACCACUUUAAACUUUUCUGUGGUACAACAUGGAUGGUACCUCCAAGUUUUAGGUGUAUUUUGACAUAUCUGUACCUUGUAAAAUUUUUUUUUUCUUUUUGGUUUAAUUUCUUCCCUUUGUUGUUCCUUUCCUUUGGACUUAGAUAUUUUUUCUGAGGACCUUCUUGUCAAGUGCAAUGAUAACAGGUGAGCGAUAUAGGGCCAUGUUGGCCCUCUUGUUGGAUAUUAUCUGUCACCACUCAUAACUGUGGAAGAAAAUUUGUGAUUUUUGCCUGAUUAAUAUUGGUGGACAUAAAUUUUGCCAGAUUUGAUGAAAUAUUGUUCAAAAUGUGCAACUUUUCCUUUCCUGUAUGAUAUGUCAUUUUUCAAUUGCAGCCAUUUUUAGCUCGUCUGGUUUUUGAAAAAAAUCUACAAGGUAUUGUAACUUGAUCGUUUGUGUCGGCAUUGGUUAAAUUUUUUGUUUAGGUCCACUGUAAGAGCUACAGCUUUGAAACUUUGCACACUUGUUAACCAUCAUUAGGCGACUGUGUAGGCAAAGAACCAUAACUCUGAUACGCAUUUUGUCAGAAUUCUGGACUUUUUUUAUACUUUUUGUUUAGGUCCACCUUUUCUCAAACACCACAAAAGCUACAGCUUUGAAACUUUGCACACUUGCUUAUCAUCAUUAGUUGACUUCGUAGGCCAGGAACCAUAACCCUGGUAUGCAUUUUGUUAAAAUUAUGGCCCUUUUUGUACUUAGAACAUUUGUGUUUCUUGUUUAAAUUUUUGUUUAUGUCCACCUUUUCUCAAAAACUAUAAAUGCUACAGCUUUGAAACUUGUUUAUCAUUAGGGCACUACGUAGGUCAAGAACCAUAACACUAACCUGCAUUUUGUUAAAAUUAUGGCCCUUUUUGUACCAAGAAAAUCUGGACUUUUUCUUACACUUGCAUUCGAGUCAUUCAGGUGGUGUGUCAACAAAUAAAUGGGCUCGACAUUGUUGCCAUUCGGGCUUCAGCACUCUAGUCGGAUUUAAAAGUUUGGGUAAAUAUUGUUCUGCUUUGUAGAAUGCUCAUUUUGUUAAAAGAAUCUAUGGCCCGUCUUUGGAAUAUACCGUAAAUUCGGCACGAUAUAUUUAAUUGCUUAUGUUCACAUAUAAACAAACAUGAAUGUUUGAUAGAUUUGAAAUAUAUUUGAGUGAUUUUGAUUCA